AGGAAGAAUUGAAGCAAUCUCAAGAGAAAAGAAGGGAAUCUGGAUCCUUCGUCGGAUCGUCACAGAGCUUAGAGGGGAGCUCUACGCUUCACUGGCCAUGCAAAGCAGGGAGAGUGACGGAGGCGGAGGCACUGCUGGCUGCUGGAGCGGACAUUAACAAGCUGGACAGAGCGCAGUUGAACCCUUUCAUGGACGCGAUCAACUCAGGACAGGUCGACUGUGCUAGAUGGCUGCUGAGGCAAGACGGUUGAAAGCUCCAGCCCGAGAUAUGGUCGUUUUGUAGGGAGAGGGGGCUAGAGUCAGUGCUAACAGCUUAACAGAAGCAAGGUACGGAGAGCGAUCCAUGGCUGUCCCGAUAGACCCACUCAGACUCCUGCCGGAAGAUACUCCUCCGGUUGAUCCAGAUGAGACAGUUCUAGCAGAUGAUCAGUUACAGACUGAAGAACAUAUCCCACAGAUCAAUGCGUCAACAUCUGCAAAUGAAGCUGAUAUCAGAAUCGAAAUGAUGAUGGUACUACACGAGAUGCUCAUGGAAAAGGUAUCAGUUUGCUUUUCUCCUCCCACGAGCAGUACAAAGUGUGGGUUCAACUUUAAUCUGAUAGAAGACAUCGUAUGCGGAACCCAAGCCCGGCUAUGUCUGUACAUAAUAACGAAAGAAACCGGUUAUGCUGCGAGGGCGUUUAGCUCGAUAGAUGUUGAAAAUGCCCACAGCAUUAUAAAUCAUUUGGACCGCCGAGGGGUCCAAAACUCCUCAAUCGAAGAGCUUAGUAGACAUGUCAGCAACCUACAGAGACUUCAAAUUCUCAGGAAAACCUCUCUAGGACGGAAGCUUUAUACUCCGACAUCCACAAUUUACCACGCCCCUGAGAUCGACAAAGGUCUUUCUGAUAGAUUGACUUCCAGCCAAUUCGAUCUAUCGAAGCCGAGUGGGAAGAACAAAGAACUGAAACCCAUGGUCGCAACGAUGCUCCUCGCGGACAAGGGAGAGUUAGGGCCAUCGGUGGUCACAAGACUGCAGAAUAUUUAGUUUUUUAAGCGUUGAGGUUGUCACGAAAGCGUACUGUAACGGGACUGUAUCAGAUUUGAGUGAUUUAAUUUUGUGAUUCGCAGUUCACGUGAUUUUAUUGUGAUCUUAGACUGUAAAAACUAUAAAGGUUCAAGUUGAACUAUCGUCGCCAUGAUUAUGUAUUUUGGAACUGUUCUCGUUGAAAUUGCUUCGU